AGAAAUUGUUAUCCUUGGAGCUUGAAUUCCCUCAUCGGAAUUUAUCCCGAAAGAGGGGGUUUCCUUUUUUGUCACACGGACGGCGUGAGAUUCCUCAAAUAUUGUCAUUACUACUAGUACUAUUCCGCAAACCACUCAGCAGAACCGACCUGCCCGAACAUUCAUGAUUUCGGCAUUCUUCAUAUUCAAUCAGAAGGGAGAGGUCCUCAUAUCCAGACUGUAUCGGACAGACUUCAAGCGAUCCAUCGCAGACGUGUUCCGGAUACAAGUCGUGUCUAACAGUGAUGUGCGAUCUCCCAUAAUAACAUUGGGCUCGACCAGUUUCUUCCAUGUGCGGGUGAACAACCUCUACAUUGUCUGCGUGACAAAGACAAACGCAAAUGCUGCCCUCGUCUUCGAAUUUUGUUAUCGUUUCAUUAGUAUUGCAAAGUCAUAUUUUGGAAAGGUGGAUGAGGAAUCUGUCAAGAACAACUUCGUGUUGAUAUACGAAUUAAUUGAUGAAAUCAGUGAUUACGGGUACCCUCAGAACAGCGAGAUCGACACCCUCAAAUCAUAUAUCACCACAGAAAGCGUAAUAUCUUCGGCUAUAGCAGCUGAGGAAUCCUCAAAAAUCACUACCCAAGCUACAGGAGCGACAAGUUGGCGUCGUGGGGAUGUAAAAUACAAGAAGAAUGAAGCGUUUGUAGACGUGGUGGAGACUGUCAAUCUAAGCAUGAGUGCGAAAGGGACUGUCCUCCGUGCCGAUGUGGAUGGGCAUAUUCAAAUGCGCGCGUAUCUGUCUGGGACGCCAGAGUGUAAAUUUGGUCUCAACGACAAGCUCGUCAUUGAUAAGAACAGCCAAGGAGCCGGGGCAAGCGAUGCAGUAGAACUGGACGACUGUCGGUUUCACCAGUGUGUCCGGCUCAAUGAAUUCGACACAAGCCGCACGAUCAGCUUCAUUCCUCCUGAUGGUGAAUUUGAACUGAUGAGGUACCGCUCGACGUCAAAUGUCAAGUUACCUUUGCGAGUGAUCCCUACGGUGAAUGAGAUUGGAACGACGCAAGUGUCGUAUAACAUCACCGUUAAAGCCAAUUUUGGGACCAAAUUGUCAGCCACAAACGUGGUUUUACGGAUACCGACACCAUUGAACACGACCGGCGUGGACUGCAAAGUUGCAAAUGGCAAGGCUAAAUAUGUACCGGCAGAAAACGUGGUCGUAUGGAAGAUUCCACGGAUUCAGGGUGGACAGGAGUGCACCUUCAGCGGGACUGCUGGUCUUACCAGCACUACCACUCGGCAAGUUUGGGCUCGGCCGCCUAUUGACGUUGACUUUGAAGUUCUGAUGCUCACUGCAUCUGGUCUGAUUGUCCGGUUUCUCAAAGUCUUUGAGAAAAGCAAUUAUCACAGUAUCAAGUGGGUACGCUACCUCACGAAAGCGAGCGGGAGUUAUCAGAUCCGGUUUUGAUGCGAUCAGUAUCCCUUGCAUUUGUUGACUUAUAUACUACAUCCUUGGACAAUCGUGUUAAUCACAUACCGACUGAUGGACUUUGGAUCCUUCUGAAAUUUUAACUACGUGAUGUCGGGACUUGUGUUUUGAGUACUGUACCAAUCUUAGUAACAACUAUACACAGGCCCCGA